AUGAUAAAGAAAAUACUGAAGAAUUUAAGCAUAUCAAAUGAAGAAAGAGAUGAAACAUUUAGCCACAGUGAAAAUAUUUUAAAUCUUAUUGAAGGCAUAAUAAUACAUGAAAAUUCUUAUUAUAAAUAUGUAAACAUAUUAAACGAAUUAACAACAUUAUGUUUUGAAGAUCCAAUAAAUUUCAGAAAAUUAUUAUUCGCAAAAAAUGAAAAAAUAAAUGAACAAAAAAAAAAAGUACAUCAAAUUGUAGAUAGGUUAUUAAUAAUUUUAGAAAAAUACGAAGACUGUAGAAAUACAUUCAUAUAUGCAAUUGCAAAAUUAGUAUUCAUCAAUGACCAUCAUUUGAACGUUCGUAUUUUACGCAUAUUAUGCAACAUAGCGUCAAAUGAGGAAUACAAACAUGACGUUUAUUCCGUUUUCGAGGAAAUUGUGGCAACGGCCAUUCUAAACACGACAGAAAAAGGCACACUUGAUAACAUCUUUAACGGAUUAUACCUUUUACCAAGGGACAUAUUCAUUGCUGGUAGCUUUAGUAGUUGUAUACAUAGAGUUAUCAAACUUUUGAGGAAUUCCUUCAAUGAAAAUAUUUUAAGAUUUCUAUCCGUUUCGACAUUGGAUAGUGAAGUUUGUCUGAUAGCUUAUGACGAAGGGCUCCUAAGGAUCCUAACUGAGCUGAUGAACAAACACAAAGACAGUCGAUUUGAUGAUUUACCUAUCUACUUCCAGGACGCUUAUCUGAUCGUGUUACAGUUAUGCAGCAACUGUUUUAAGCAUUGCGAGAUUCUGAUAAGGGAAAAAAUGCAUAUAAAUUUUUAUUUCAAAAAAAUUAGAGAAAUAAUAAAUAAGGGUUCACUAAUCAUAUCAAAGAAAGAAUCCAUAUACUGUAACAUAAUCAUUUCUACUCUAAAUAAUAUAUGUAUAUUCCAAAACGAAAUAUUAGUUGAACUGUGCAAUACUCAUCAUUUUAUAGACUUACUUUUAAUUGGUAUAAAAAUGGAAAAAAAUAACCCUUAUUUUUUAAGUGCAAGUUUAGGAGGUUUAUUGAUAGUUUUGAAAAAUGAAGAAAUUUAUAAUAACAAUAUUGAAUAUAUAUUAAAUAAUACAAAUAAUUUAAAAAUAUUAUUGCCUUUUCUAUUUGGUCAGAAAUAUAAUAAUAUGCUUAGUUCUUACACCAAUUCUGAUCACCAAGUGGAAGGUUAUUUAUUUGAAGUAGUAAAUUGCACUCUGGAUAUUAUUGCCUUUUUCUUUCAAAAGGAAGCAGAUAAAUUCUCUAUUAAAGCAAAAAGGGAGUUCAGAAAUAGUGACAUCAAUUACUACUUGUUAGUCUGCUUAGAGAAGAAAAAUGAGGAUAUCAUCAUUCGCUUGCUCAGAUGUAUCUACUUAAUUCCCUUUGAUGAUUACAAAACUAUAGAGUUACACAAAAUAUUUUAUAUUCUACAUGAAAAAAAUAUUAUUGUCAGUGAGAAAUGGAAUGAUAUAUACUGUUAUUGCAUAAAUAUAUACAUAAAAGUAUUGAAAAACGAAGAAAUAGAAAGAAUUAUAUCAUAUUACAAAUUUCAAGAAACAAUAGUAAGCAUUUUACGUAUAGUGAAUCAUUACCUUUUAAGGGCAAUAGUAUUACGUAAAAAGAAUGACACGGUUUCAUCAAAAAGGAGAGCAAUCGAACAGGGAAGGAACACUGGUACUACAAUUAAUAGUAACAAUAUAAUUAUUAGUAGUAGUAAUUACUAUAAUGGUAGAAGUGGUAACAAGGUAAUUAGCUGUAAUAACAACAAUGGUAGCAUCAUCAGUGGCAGCUUCAACAAUAAUGCGUGUGAACAGGAAGAGGAUAGAGACCUUAAUAUAAUAACUGUAAAACUAUUGCGCAUAUGUUCAAGGAAUAUUGAAUUACGGAAUUUUAUGAGAAACAAUAUAGUAGCGUAUUAUUUCGUUGAUAUAUUAUCGAACGAAGAUAUUUUAUUUAGUGAAAUGAAUAUAUAUUAUGAUAUAUUUAUAGAGAGAACAUGGUGUGCAACUAUUGAAAAUAUAUUUAAAACGUUAAUGCUAAAAAACGUAGCAAAAAAUAAAAAGGUUUGUUUACGUCUUUUAAUUAAUAUUGCUGAUAUAUUUAGUGGGUAUUUCUAUUUAUUCAAAACGUCGUCCAACAUGAACAUAUUCGAUUUAUGUUCUCUUGAAGACAAACAUUGGGAUAAGAAAAAAAUAGUUCAGUAUUAUUAUCUUAUGAAUGAUAAUGAUCGUAAAGAUUAUAAAGAACAAUUGUAUAUAUUUCUAAAAUAUUACAUGACCAAUUUGUUUACUUUAUUAAAUAUAUAUAUUGAUAAAAAUAUAUUUGCAGGGUUAAAAAAAGAACAGGAGGAAAAUUUUUUCCCAGGAGUUUUGAAAUAUAACAAGUUGAGGUAUGAAAAAAAAAUUUACAACUUGAAAUUAAAGGAAAAACAAAUCAAGGAGAAGAUAGCAACUAUGAGGGGGGGUAAAAAGAGUUACUCUGGGCAUCAUACGGAGGAGGAUAGGAAAUAUAACAACGAGAACUACAACGAGAACUACAUCGAGGACGACGUCGAGGAUGACAUAAGGGACGACCAAAACAGGCAUGCACCCUCUAGGCAACUCUUCAUCCAGAUGCAAGAGAUUAUCAAGAAAAAGAGAAAACUGUUCUUGAGAUUACAUAACAACAACUUUAAGCAAACAUUUGACAUCUUUGUAGUUGAAAACGAAAUAGGAUGCGACUUAGAACACAUGUUUGAAAUACCCAAAAUUGUGAAAAAGAAAAAAACACUCAAAAAUCUGAAUAAUGGUUAUUACAAGGACAAAGGUAAAGGAGACAUAAGUGCUUUGAAAAAGCAGAAAACAGACGUAGCCGGAUCAGUAAUGUUAGUUGAGUCAGGAGACUCUGUCGAAAUUCACCGAGGCAAAAAAAAUAAAAAUAAUCAAGUACACACAGCACAUACAACGAACUAUGAUGAUCUUCAAAAUAACAAAAGGAAUAAUAUGAUCAACUCAAUAAGUGAUACAGAGUCAAAGGACAACGAGGAAUCAUCAUCUGCUAGCACUUUAGCUGAUGAAGAUCCAAAUGAAACAGUAUUAGACAGGGUCUCAGCUGAGCUCCUAAGUUUUAACAAAGAAACUAUGUAUGAACAGAGAAGCAGCCAAUUCAACAUUCUACUAUUUAACAAAAGAGGUAUUUUUGUUAAUAGUAAUAAGGGAGAAAUCAACGAAGCUUAUAUAUUGUAUUCUUGCUUAAGAGUGUUCUAUAGCAUCAUUGUAAAUAAUAUAAAUAAUGAAAAUUAUUUAAAAGUUAAAGAAUUCCUCUUAAAAAAAAACGUUCUAAAAGUGCUAAUAAAUAUUUUAAAUCAAUGUAGUUUUUACGAUUGUAAUGUAUAUGCACAUUUUUUUCGUUUAUAUAGCGAAAUAUUAAAAAAAAAUCAUACGUCAGUUGAAUCAAUGAAUAUGUUAAUUUUUUACAAUAUUUUCUUCUACUAUUGUAAAUUACUAUCUAGAGAAUUUAUUAAAAAGCUUGUAAAUAGUGAAUAUAUCGUAUCAGAUAAAGAUCAGUAUUUUUUUGCGGAAUUAUGUCAAUUAUUUUAUUAUUUUACUCAAAAAAUUAUAUACAUUCAAUUUUCUCAAUAUAAGGAAAUACAAAAAUGGUGUGUAGACUGUUCCUUGUUUCAUUUUUUUUAUAAAAAUAAUGUUUUAUUAUUACUGUAUUUAUUAAUCUAUAUAAAUAGUGUUCAUCACGGAUCAGUAUAUGCCUCUUAUGUCUAUCAUAAGAAAAAUUUUAUUUAUAUACAUACCAUUUUUUUUUACACACUCUUUACAAUAUCUUACUUAAUGUGUUUUUCAAAAAAGCUCAAAUAUUUUAUAUUAUACUUUAUAAAUUAUAAGAAGUAUAUACAUAGAGUAUUAUUCAGGAAGUCCAUCGUUCAUUCUCUUUUCUUUUAUUACAAAUUGAUAUAUCUUCGAAUAAUUCUGCAAAAUCAGCUGUCCGCUGACAGGCGGUGUUCUACUAAGAUAUGCCACAUAUCCCCUGUCAUUUACAUAAGAGAAAACAGUAUCGAAUGGUACUUCUUAGCACUCGGAUUAGAGGAAUACUACCUAAUUUAUAUUCCAGACAACUUUGAGGAAAACAUAACGGAAGACAAGGACAUCAAGCUCGUUAUUUAUUUGGAAAAAAAGUAUGUUGAUAUAACAAGAAUAUGUAUGAGUAAGAUAAAUGACAAUUUCUUCGUUUUUGGAUAUAUAAAUUUUGAAAAAAGUGUAAGUUAUGAAGCUUAUGAUAUAUUUAUUGGUCUAAAUAAAUAUUUUCGCGAUGAAAUUGUAUCUUGUGCUCAAUAUUUAUCUGGAGCAGAUUAUGAAACGAAAGUGGAUUUAUUACAGGACAGGAUAAUUAUGAACAACUUAAAAAAUUAUAUGAACGUUCAGAAUAUUAUUAUAACAUCCUUUGCAUAUCAAGAAGUAAAACAAAGUGAUUUUUAUAAAAAAAAAAAUAAAAUAAAAGGAGAAAAAAGAGAAGACGUAAAUAAUAUGAAUACCUAUGAACAAUCAUACGAGUCUGACCUCUUAUCACAAGAGGAAAAUUAUUAUUACAGUGACACUCACAGCGCCACAAAUGAUGAAAAGGACCAGUUGUCGAGUAGCACACAGUCGAAUAAUGAAGAAUUUAAUGUGUUUAGAAGAAAUGCUGACAAUAAUAAGAAUAAAAGGAAAUUAGUAUUUUUUGUUUUAUCAAAAAAUCAUAUAUAUAUAUUUAAAUUAAAUUUUAAGCAGUGGAUCUUUUUAAGUCCAUUUAUCGAUGAAGAAAAAGAGGAUAUACAUCUUUAUGUUGAAUCUAGUGUAGAUAGUGAAGGGGGAGAAAAGAUUAAAAAAAAAUUAUUUACAAAUGAUAAAAUAUAUUUAAAUAACAUUCUAGGAAUAACUGUUAAUAUAACCAAUAAUGAAAACAUUUCAUUUGCCAGAAAAUGUGCAGUUAGAAAUACUAUAAAAAAUAUAUACUCAUCCAAUAAUACAGAAUACACAAAUGAACAGGUUGUUUUAUCGGAAAAUAUAACUACAACUAUAGAGACGGAGGAAGGAAGCCUACGAGAUAGUGAUAAAGGUAGUCAUGUUCGACAAACUGGUCAAAUUAAUCGAAAUGGACAAAAUGAAAUGAAACAUAGGCACAACCAAAGAUACCUAUCAGCAAAUAAAUGCUUCUUAAAAAUUCUACACAAAUACAAUAACGAAGAUUUAAACAAAGUCAAAUUUGUUAACAAUUAUGAAAGUAUAAUUACACUAAAAUAUAAAGUUAAACAAAGCAAGACAAAAGAAAAAAAAAUUAAAAUGAUUUUGUUUGAUGAUUACACAAGGGAACUAUGGAAAAGAUCACUAGCCCUCUCCUUGAAUAUUCAAAUGGCAUCAUCGUACGCAAAAAUAUGA